AUGGUACGGUGAGUAUUUGAGAUAAUAAAUACCUCACUUAACCUCAAACGCAAAUCAAUAUCGACAGAUACAGUUCGCAAAAUGAUAUCUGCAAUCACUUAUUCAGUUGUGUUGGUUCUUCUUGCUGGGCAAUUUGUCGCGGGCUUACCAGAAUUGCUUGCAAAAAAAGAUCCCACAUGCGGACCAACGGUUGCUACGGUUUCUCAUGUCACUACCAUCACGGUCGAGAGCAUUUUGACGAUACCCCACGCGUGUUACACUCAUACAGUAACGACGAAACACCACGGGUCCGGCUGUCCCGAUGUCUCCACGUGUGGCCCACAUGCGGAUUGUAUAAUGCUCUCAACAGAAACCGUCACGCUCCCUGCAAACGACUUAUGCUGCCCAACAACUCCGACUGUUGCAGUGCAAGGGCCUUGUCCUACCUGCCAAAAGGGCUGUCUUACGAACACGGUCACCGAAUAUCUUACUGGAGAUCCAGCUUCUCUUGCCAAGAAAGAGGCUGCUAUCACACCAUGUACGAAAGUAAUCUUCAUGUCUGAGACCAUGGUGCUUGGACCUACAAAGACGGUACAUCCCUUGACAUCAACAAGUACAGUGUAUGUACCAUGUGGAGGAUGUCAAUUAAUGACAUCCAAUAUUGGAGGAAUCGGGCCAGAGAUCAGUUUCUCUGCGACCAUCACCGACCCAAGUACUGCCACAAGCACAGCUUGGGUUUGCAUGUAGAGAUGGAAGUGACUGAUAUG